GGCCAAUAAAGGGACUUAACCUAACUGGCCCUAGAGCCCAGUCUCCUGCUUCUGGAGUCAAGCGUCCUUAAUUACUGUAUGAUGUGUGCUGAGGUACAGUGGUUACCAGUUACUCGGGAGCUGAGCUUCCAAAAAUUUAUUGAACAAUCUGACUUACUAGAAGAACUUAAAUAUGACUUCAAUGAAAAAGCUGAAUUGAGACACACUGAGACACAAAGGCCUUUUGUUUUUAACUAUUAUAAAAAUGUCUUUGAGAGGAACAGCAAGCGCUACCAGGCCCUUGGCUAUUUGCUUGAACAAUAUAUUUAUGAGCUUUUGGAGAAAGUAUGCAAAUUACAAAAAGUAUAUAUCCCACCAGAGGCUGAUAAAGAACCAAGAAGCUUCUUUUUCAUGAGUGAGAGAGCAUUAACGAGUCAUCGUUCUGUUCUUCUUGUUCUUCUUCAAGACCAAGGAGUCUUUAGAGCUGGUCAGUGGAGUCAGCAGGCAAUAAUACAUCAUGGUCUCCAACAUGGAAGUCAGAUACCAUGUAUUCAAAUGGCAUUGCAGGCACAUUAUGAUGUAAUUGUGCUAAACCCGAAUGACAAUUUCAUCGACCUAAACAUGGAAGAAGAGCAGAAAGGCCUUUUAACCCAAACUAAGGGGUCAUCUUCCCUAAAAAUGGUUCCAGCAGAGAACUUUUUAUCUGUCCAGCAACCUCUCCAGUGCACCCCUAAAAGAUGCAGCAACACUCCUGAAGAACACAUGGCUUACAUUUGGGAUUACUUCAUUUCAAAGACUGAAGGCAAGGAUGUUGCCUUCAUUGUACAUGGUUAUGGAGGCUUGGUUUUUAUGGACUUACUUGUUCGUAAAAAGUGGGAAGUGAUGAACAAAGUAUAUGCUGUUGCCUUUAUUGACUCUGAACAUCAUGUAGGACACCAGCUGGGAAGUGAUGUUCAGUUAUUGGCCUGGAUAAAGCACCACUGCCGUGAAUGGGUGACAAGCCCUAAGCCUUUGGAUAAACCUGCAGCUACUGUUUUAAAACAGGAGUUUCCUAUGGUUUCUGCUGGUACAGAAAAACACAACUUAGCCCCUUCCUCUAGCCUUCAGUCAAUUUUUAAAUACUUUAAAAAAGCUUUGAAAGCCAAAACAACUAUUAAUUUUUCUCGAGUGCCAAUAGUAACUAGAAGCUCCACAAAAAGAAAGCAAAUUGCUUAACUUACUUUUUUGUCACCUAAGAUUUUUUUGUCCCACUGAAAUGCUGCGAAUGUAGAUGCUAGAAGAAAAAGAAUACUCUGCAGUAUUAUGUUAUGAAAAGAAUAUACACAGUGUUAUAUUCUGGCUUGAGGUUUGAUUUGUUACUUUUUUUGAAAAGUGAAUAUGUUCUUUUUUGUAGCCUAUUGAUGAGCUGGGCAUCAGUCAACACCAUCAUUAAUAUUUUACAGUUUUAGUCCAGUUAGAGGAUCUUUUGAAAACCUCUCUUAUGUCUUAAUAGAAUGACACCAAAACUGCAGUUGGUAGAAAUUAAACACUAAGUCAGUCUUCAGUUUCUAUGUUGUUAAUGCCAUACUAAAAUUAUAAGUGAACAUAAAAAUGAUUAUAAACUCCA